CAUGUUUUUCAUUUGUAUGCAAUUUCAAAGCUGAUAGUGACCAGUUUGUCCAAUGGACAUGAUAUUCAGAAACUUCCAAUAGCUACUUCAGCAUAAUUAAUUAAGAACACACAUAUAGCAACAAAUGGUGUUCUAGGAAAGGUUCAAUUGAGUUCAUACAGGUGAAGACUUUUUUUUACUUUUCCAAAAAAGGGUACUGACUCCGCACGGACACAAACAAUUUCAAACGGCACGAUUUAUGUUUAAAGCAAAAAAAUAUAUAUAUAACGAUCUACCGGUAAAUUAUUCAAAAAAAGGUUAACUCAAAGAGAAAGCAAGUUAUAAUUGAAGUGGAUAAUUUCAUUUCAAGUUUUUGUGUUUCCGUCUGUGGGGCAACGUCAUGGGACGAGGCAUGUCCAAACAUUCUCACAGGGUACAGGGACGAAGGUGCUUCAUUUGCAUUGUUUGUCUAUGGUUCAUUCAUUUAGAUUGAUACUUUCUUCUUUCUUAGUUUCAAUUUUUUUUUCAUUUUAUUUGAUUUACUUAAGACUAUUUAAGACUGGAGGAAUAUGAUUAACAAUGACCAAUUGUAGAAGGGGUGUACUACUCCCCGCUCCUUUUUGGACAUGUCUAUGUCUGUCUGUUUUGUGUCAGAUUAUUAUCUUUUUCGUUAUUACCCUUUCUGUUUUAGUUUAACAUGUUCCAAGUCAGACCUCAAUCAAACAAGCUUGGCAGCAGCGUUGACCCAUCUGACUGCCAACUGUUUAUGAAAUCGCUGUUUGGAGGAGGAGGCGGGACGUCCGAGCGCUGGCUGUGAUCACCCACUGGGUGAACUUGUGUUGCGUAACGUUCGGACUGUGCGUCCUCGGGCUCUGUGCAUCUGCCGACAACGAGCCGCGUCGAGGCGGACGCAGUCAGUGACACGUGUUUCCCUCAGCGGGCAAAAUAAAAGAAUUUAAACCAAAAAAAAAAAAAAAACAGACUUCCUCUAAAGCUGCGUAAAAGUAGAUAUGGAAAAGCAUUGUUGGUAUUUGUUGUGUUUUUGGUUGAAAUGUAUCGUGUUGUUUUUUUUAACGUCAACACUUCUUGAAGCGUUUAAGUAUAUUUAUGGGUAUUUUAUGGUGGGUACAGUACAACCGGAAGUCAUAAUCAUAAUUCCUGGCGGCUUGACUGGUGUCGGGUGAGGGGUCAUAAAUUGAGACGGACUCCCCACGUACACUGUUUACCCCCCCACCGCAUAGCUGACAGGCAACAUGAGCCGGCACCGUUCACCCUGCGCCCGUUGAGUCAACUGUCCGCUCCGGCCCGAGGAAGUGACUUUCUCCGAGUGGGGGUCGGGCGGACCGACCGACACUUUUUUUUCCGCCACCGUCACCGUCCGCCCUGCCCGGCUCCGCGGGCGACGCGAGCAUGCGAGCAGAGGCAGCUUGACCGCGGCACACUGCAGCAAGUCUCCCUGUCUUCCCCUCCGCAGAGGUCCGGGCCGAGCCGACCACUCCGCUCGAGCCAUGCGCCAGUGGUGCGUCCCCGCCGCGACCCCGCGCGCCGAGCCGCUCCCGGGGCGCAUGUCCGCGUCGCCGCCUCCGGCAGAUGCCAGAAUGGAGUGCUGCGAGGCCGAGCCACGCUACACCAUCGAGCAGAUCGACCUCCUGCAGCGCCUGCGUCUCUCCGGCAUGACCAAACCCCAGAUCAUCCACGCCCUGGAGUCCCUGGAGAGGCUGGACCCAGACCACCGCCCCUCGCACUGCGACUCCCACCCGGCCCCGUCCAACAACACCCCCGCCGCGGCCGCACCGGCCCCGUCCUCUUCGUCAUCGUCGUCCUCCUCCUCCUCGCUCUCCCUGGCCUCUGCCACCACGCAGACCUCCGGCCUGGACGGCGCCGCGCUGUCCCCCAGCCACAGCUACGAGGCUUCGCCUCCGCCCCUGUACCCUCCCAGUGUGGCGGUUCAGCGGUCGUUCAGCUACGACAUGAUGGGCGAGGAGGAAUGGGACCUGGAGGAGAAGGUGGAGGAGUACAUGAGGCGAGACAGCAACCUGGUGAAAGAGGAGAUCAAAACGUUCCUCAACAAUCGCAGGAUCUCUCAGGCAAUCGUCGGCCAGGUCACGGGCAUCAGCCAGAGCUACAUCUCCCAGUGGCUGCUGCAGCAGGGCCUGGAGAUGAGCGACUCCAAGCGCCGAGCCUUCUACCGCUGGUACCUGCUGGAGAGGAACAACCCAGGGCUGAGGUGGAGUGAAAGCCAGCACAGUCCCAUGCCCAGGGCCAGGGGAGGGGACAGAGAUGGGACGGUAGCAGGGGCAAGUGGCAGCCUCCCCAACAUCCUCCCCAACCCCAACACCAACCUCAACCCCAACCCAGUGUGGAGCAGGCAGAGAGAGCUGCUGAUGCACUUGCUGCCGUGGUACACUGCCGCCGCCGCGGCCACCCAGGCCCAACCAGGUGCCACCUUAUCGAUGCGCUCUCUGGUGAAGGAGGAGCCCGACUGGAGGACGGGCAUCAUGUCCGGCGACAGAGCGGGGAUAGUGGCCGGGCCGCUGCGGCUGCGCAGAGGAAGCAGGUUCACCUGGAGGAAGGAGUGCCAGUCAAUCAUGGAGAGCUUCUUCAUAGAGAACCAGUAUCCGGACGAAGCCAAGCGAGAGGAGAUUGCCGGCGCCUGUAACUCUGUCAUUCAGAAGCCAGGUUGUAAGUUGUCUGAGUUUGAGCGAGUGACUGCGUUGAAGGUGUACAACUGGUUCGCCAACCGCCGGAAGGAGAUGAAGAGACGAGCGAAUAUCGAGGCUGCCAUUUUGGAAAGCCAUGGAAUUGAGGUGCCGAGUCCGAGCUGCCACUCGAACGGUGAGGAGGGAGAGAUGCAAGAGUUCGGUGAUCAGGAAGACACAUCCUCCCAGAGGAUUGUCGACCAGCACGACCCCUCCUCCCUGGCUACAACAGAGGUGGCGGCCCUGCCCAGCCCCAGCCCUCAGGUCCUGGAACAGAAAGAGGCGGAUUCAAAAAGGGAGACCGUGGACGAGGAGUGACCAAAGCCCCGGCUAGUGUGGAUUUCAUCGUCAUACUGGAAGUUUAAUCAGAAGAAAUAGGGGAAAAAAAACAUUGAGCGUCUCCUCCAUCACCCACGCGGGGGCCUUUGGGGGCCGUGACACCCAACAAUCAAAGGCAGAAGGGUGCUCUCUGUUGGUAAGGGGGCCACUGUAUUUAUCAACAGUAAUCCUGCUUAUAUUAAUGGCAAUAUACAGUAUACAUAAAUAUAUAUAUAUAUGAAUAUAAAUAUAUAGUGCAUUCCAUGAUGGUAUUAAAAACCCCAAAUUCCUUAGAGGGAGAAUUGUGUAAAGGAUACCUCGCCCAUUUCAAACCAACCUUUGCUUACAUGCCUUCUUUUAGCUUUUAGUUUAGUUUUUUUUCUAAGAGCGUUUGCUUUGACGGACUGUAGCGACAUGAACGUGCUGAGCCUGCAGGUCAGGUUGUGCCGGGCGGAGGUAAGACUUCCGGUGUAACGGGUCUGGUUGGUGGUGACACGACCGCCCCGUGCCGCUUGCUCGAACACCUCCGACCCCACGGGGCUUCGCGAAGACUCUAACCUCAAUCAGUCGACUGAUCAAAUCAGUCGGUCAAUCGGCGAGCGCCGUCGCUAUCAAACCCGUAAAAGCCCUGAGGGACGACUGGAAUCUCAGGUAAUCCCCCCACCCCCCCCAAAAAAAGGAAAUGGAAAAUUUGCACCAGGUUUUCUCUUUUGUGUCUUAACAUUUGUUGCUUUGUUUUCUUCAUCUUUACUGUACGUAACCAAAGCGGGGAUGUGUUAUUUAUACCUUUUUAUAUUAGCAAAAACAAGCCUAGGACGAUAUAUCGUGUCAUAUUAUUAUCAUAGUAUCUCUUUUUGUCAUCCCAAUUGUCCUUGUUAUGCUGCUGUUUUUGUAGUCUACCCCUCAUUAUUUCAGAAUCCGUCUCGGACCUCAGCUAAGCCGGUGUCGUGAAGCUAGACUCAAAAGUCUACUCGGAUGUUUUCUUUUUUUCAUUUCUCUUUUUAUUUCUUUUUUACGUUUGAAAGAACGCUAAAACAAAUGUGAUCGAGAAAAAAAAAUCAUGAUGUGUCGGCUGACAUGCUACAAGCACCUUCCUCUACUAUUGGAAUAAGCUAAAGCUCGUGUUGAGUUGGUAUGACCGCAAAGCUGCACUUCACAGUGGAUCUCACUCUAACUGAAAGAGGGAGGGGCGGUACAGACUCUGGCCGCGUUCGGGGCCUAGGACAUGUACAUAACCCAAGAAUAAUCACGUCUACGGGUGCUUUUCCUUCAGCUGGCGGUAGCAGUAUAUAGAAAACCGUCGAACUUGAAAUAUGAAUAGCUGACUUCUAAUCUCUGCAUUGUGUUGUCCCUUAUUAUACUCACUGGCCCAAGGCCUUGGGAGAUCCUCCCUACGUGUUCAUGAAAUGGACACAAGACGCUUGCCCCCCCCCCCGGACGGGGCGCCACCAUGUUACCUCCUAUUGCCAAAGCUAUGCCAAGGUAGAGACGAGCGACGGUGACCUGCGCGUAAGGAGCAGGAUGUGGCGGUCACGACACUAUAGACCUACAGUAUGUAUAACAAAAUAGUUUUAUUCGCUCAGUACAACACUAGCCAACUCUAGUUUACCUCAGAAUGACUGUGUGUCCUGAAUGUGUUGCAGGCCGACUGUCGUCGACGAGCUUGACAACGCGGCAGCCACUAUUGUGACUGUUUAUGACACGGACAGUGUCACGUAGCAAUUUUUCUGAUGGUGGCGGCGGGGUGGGGGUGGGGGGGGGGGGGGGGGGGGGGGGUGGUGUUCGUCGCGUAUCGUUAACGUAUACUCACCUCAGAUGGUUCGCUGGUCCGGCUUUGGACAGGAACCCCCCCCCCCCCUCUCCCCCUCCAUAGCUGCACGCUGUUCGGGACGAGAACGCUCCUCUCUUAUCUGCUUUUAUCUGACAAUGAGAAAAAUGGAACAUAACAAUAAAAUUGUAAACAAUG